CACUUUAAGUGAGAGUAGCUCAAAAAGAAAUGACGUAGAGGAGUACACAGACUGAACCGACGGAGGAAAACAAGGAAGUAGCCAGGACGCGAGUUUUGUGUUUUCAUACACUCUGUUUUAAAUUAAUUUGUAUUCGACAAAGAACGAUGAAUAACAAAGGGUCAUAUCCACAACAGGCUGUGUAUCCUCAGCAGAGCACAGCACCCAUAUACCCUCCUGCUAUGCAAGUGCCACCACCCCAGGUACCCCCAUACACAGAUGCCCCUCCUGCCUAUUCUGAGAUCUAUCAGCCAAGGUAUAUGCACCCACCCCAGGUUACUGGGCAGCUACCUCCAAUAACCACUGCAUACCCUGCAACUCAAAUGUUUGUGCCCAUGCCCCAGACUGUGCCUGUUGGUGCAAUGACCCCUAAUGUUCCCAUGGGUUACUACCCCAUGGGACCUGUGUAUCCUCCAGGCUCCACAGUCCUAGUGGAAGGGGGAUUUGAUGCUGGAGCUCGAUUUGGCCCUGGUAGCACUGCUUCCAUACCUCCCCCUCCUCCUGGACAUGCUCCAAAUGCAGCACAGCUGGCAGCAAUGCAGGGUGCAAAUGUGGUGAUGACACAACGCAAGAGCAACUUCUUCAUGGGUGGUUCAGGAGGGGGUUACACUAUUUGGUAACAGUGAGAAGGACCAGAUUGGACCUUGACCUUUCCCCUUGUCUGGUGUUCUCUUUCUUCCCCUCUCUCCUGCCUCACCAGGGGCACUUUGGCUAUGCCAUGAUAGUGAUACAACAGAAUGUAAUGUUUUAUAGUUCCCACUAACAGUACAGUACUUUGUUGAUGUCUUUCAGUUUUAAAAUACAUGAUAGAUUAUACUCCUACUUUUAGACCAUGUUUAUUUAUGAUUGGAAAACAGAAUAACAUUUAUCUUUAGCUAAUUUCUAUCUAUGUGGCAGAUAAAUGAUAAAUGUUGUUUGAUUUUCAUGAUGUUCAACCAACACACCCUUACUACUACUGUAUUUGUUAGCUCUGCCCUACUAUCAUUUAUUUACAUUAUUUACAUUUUACCCAGUAAAAUGGCUUCUCAUAAUAUAUUUAUUUAAUUACAUACAAUAACGUUAGUUAUAUAGAAUAUUUUACACAUUCUAAUUACAACAGAGUACUGUACUGCACUUUUGGGAAAGAUUAGAUAAAUAUAAUUGGGUGUCAAAAUUGAGCACCGCAACUUUAACAUUUACAGAUUAAAAUGCAGUAAAUACGCCCUCAUAUUUGAUUCAGAACACUGGUUGGCUUUUUAUUUCCACAUCAUGUCGGAUACCCAGAACUGUAUAUAAUGCUGUUUAAUUUUAGUUUAGUGAAACAAGAGUUUACAACAGUUUUCACAAAGGGUUUGUGCUUCACACACUACUUUCUUUAGCAUCAUUCUCAUAGUUUAAUUAAUUAGAAAUUUUUUAUGUUUAGGGGUUAAUCAAGACUUUUUUUUCCCCCAGGAAUGUACUUAAGCACAUCAAGCAAUUUCUUUUUCUAGUGAACAUUUAAAUGUAUAACCAAGGAGCUGGUUGUACCAAAGAUUUGGAUUAGAAUGCACUAAAAGCUUUUAAUGUGACUUGAAAUUCUUCUCUGAAUAAUUCUGCACAUAUGAUUAAUGAAAUUAAUAAAUGAUACAUAGAUACAUAUCGAUGCAUCAUGAUGGUUCUACAUGCUUUUUGCACUUUUAUCAAAGCUAUUUUCUUUUAAUGAAGCAGUAAUUUUUAGAAAUACUACACACAUUUAUUUAUGUGCACAGUCAACCAACUCUGAAAUAUUAGACUUUUUGGAACUUGGUUUUUGUAGUCAUGCUUUAUACAUGCAAAUACAGUGUCGGUCAUUAAA